AUGACGACUAGGCCGAUUUUGAAAGACCAGAAACUGGAUGAUAAAGGUAUUUCCGUUCCACUCAGUGUGAGGCCGUCUCACGACGGAGUUGAGAUUGACUACGAAGCCCUUCCUGAGAACUCUCCCGUCGUCGCACAGCUUGUCGCUGGAGCCUUCGCCGGUAUCAUGGAACACACAGUCAUGUAUCCUAUCGAUGCGAUCAAAACCCGAAUGCAAACACUGAAAGUGCCGCUGAACGAAGGAGUCAUCCAAUCAUUUUCCAAGAUCUCUUCUACGGAGGGAGCUAUUGCAUUAUGGCGAGGGGUGUCGUCCGUCGUUUUGGGAGCGGGACCUGCUCAUGCUGUAUAUUAUUUGGUUUUUGAGUCUACUAAGACCGCUCUCUGUCAGCUUUCCGCAUCUUCACAUACUCACGGCAGCGCUAGUUUUAUCACAGAUGAGAAACACCCUAUCAUUGCAUCGAUGUCGGGAAUAGCCGCAACGAUCACUUCAGACGCUUUAAUGACUCCGUUUGACGUUUUGAAACAAAGAAUGCAGAUCCUCAACAAGAAGCUUUCCGCCAGGACGUCAAUGUCGCACGUUGCUUGGGACAUCUACAAAAGAGAAGGCUUGAGACAAUUCUAUAUCUCUUACCCCACAACGUUGAUCCUCAACAUUCCAUUUGCUGCCAUUAAUUUCGGAGUGUACGAGUACUCAAGUUCCAAACUCAACCCAGACCAACUUUACAACCCUAUGCUGCACUGCGUUUCCGGAGGAGUCAGUGGUGCUGCCGCUGCAGCCCUUACCACGCCCUUGGACUGCAUCAAGACGGCAUUACAGACAAGAACAAUCCCUAAUGUGACAGGCUUUAAGUCUGCUGCGAUUGGUUUGUACAAAGCCGGAGGCUCAAGCGCAUUCUGGAGGGGUCUCAGUCCUCGUGUCAUAUUCAACGUGCCGUCAACUGCUAUUAGCUGGACCGCAUACGAAAUGGCCAAGGCCUAUCUUCUCAACGACAAAUCCGAACCUUAA